GUGGUGCUGAUUCUGUCAGGCGCUGGCGGCGGCGGCGGCCGCGCUCCCGCUCCCUGGCCAGACCCAGCUCUGCUCCCCGCGUCCACGACCGGUCGAGCCCUCUGCCCUCCCGCCGCGGCCCCCGCCCGGGGCGCGGCCGCCACCAGCACCAUGCGCCCGGCAGCCCUGCUGCUCCUUCCCUCGCUGUUGGCGCUCCUCGCUCACGGACUUUCCUCAGAGGCCCCAACCAUGGGGGAGGGCCAGGUCCCAGGCUUCGAAGAGAUGGAUGGGGAGCUGACAGCGGCCCCCACACCUGAGCAGCCAGAACGAGGAGUCCACUUCGUCACGACGGCCCCUACACUGAAGCUGCUCAAUCAUCACCCACUGCUGGAGGAAUUCUUACAAGAAGGGCUGGCGGGGGGUGAGGAAGAGCUGAGACCAGCACUGCCCUUCCAGCCUGACCCACUGACCCCCUUCACCCCAAGUCCCCUUCCCCGCUUGGCCAACCAGGACAGCCGCCCCGUCUUCACCAGCCCUACUCCAGCCAUGGCUGCAGAGCCCACCCAGCCCCAGUCCAGGGAGGGACCCUGGAGCCUGGAGUCAGAACCUCCUGCACUUCAUAUCACAGCUCCCCUACCGCCAGGACCCAGCAUGGCAGUGCCUACACCAGGCCCAGGGGAGAAGCCCCAUACUGCACCCACUAGCAGAGCAUGGACUCCAACCCAAGAAGGGCCCGGAGACAUGGGCAGACCAUGGACUCCAGACGUCAUGUCCCAGAACACAGGGCUUGGGAUCGAGGGGACCAUCGCCACCUCUACAGCUUCAGGGGAUGAUGAUGAGACCACCACCACCACCACCAUUGUCACUACCACUAUCACCACGGUCCAGCCACCAGGCCCUUGUAGCUGGAAUUUCUCAGGCCCAGAGGGCUCUCUGGACUCCCCCCCAGCAGCCAGCUUACCUGCUGACAUCAGCCUGGACUGUUUCUACUACAUCUCCGUCUAUCCUGGAUACGGUGUGGAAAUCAAGGUGCAGAACAUCAGCCUCCAGGAAGGGGAAACUGUGACUGUGGAGGGCCUGGGGGGACCUGACCCACUGCCCCUGGCCAACCAGUCUUUCAUGCUGAGGGGUCAAGUCAUCCGCAGUCCUACCCACCAGGCGGCUCUGAGGUUCCAGAGUCUUCCACCUCCUGCUGGGCCUGGCACCUUCCAUUUCCACUACCAAGCCUAUCUCCUGAGUUGCCACUUCCCCCGACGUCCAACUUAUGGAACUGUGACUGUCACCAGUCUCCACCCUGGGGGCAGUGCCCGCUUCAACUGUGCCACUGGCUAUCAGCUGAAGGGUGCCAAGUUCCUUACCUGUCUGAAUGCCACCCAGCCCUUCUGGGAUUCCCACGAGCCUACCUGCAUUGCUGCCUGCGGAGGGGUCAUCCGCAAUGCCACCACCGGCCGCAUCGUCUCUCCUGGCUUCCCGGGCAACUAUAGCAACAACCUCACCUGCCACUGGCUGCUUGAGGCUCCUGAGGGCCAGCGGCUGCACCUGCACUUUGAGAAGGUUUCCCUGGCAGAGGAUGAUGACAGGCUCAUCAUCCGCAAUGGGGACAAUGUGGAGGCCCCACCUGUGUACGAUUCCUACGAGGUGGAGUACCUGCCUAUUGAGGGCCUGCUCAGUUCCAGCCGACACUUCUUUGUGGAGCUCAGUACCGACAGCAGUGGGGCAGCGGCAGGCAUGGCCCUUCGCUAUGAGGCUUUCCAGCAGGGCCAUUGCUAUGAGCCCUUUGUCAAAUACGGCAACUUCAGCAGCAGCGCACCCUCCUACCCUGUGGGUACCACUGUGGAGUUCAGCUGCGACCCUGGUUACACUCUGGAGCAGGGCUCCAUCAUCAUCGAGUGUGUUGACCCCCACGACCCCCAGUGGAAUGAGACAGAGCCAGCCUGCCGAGCCGUGUGCAGCGGAGAGAUCACAGAUUCAGCCGGCGUGGUGCUCUCCCCCAACUGGCCAGAGCCCUACAGCCGUGGGCAGGACUGCAUCUGGGGUGUGCAUGUGGAGGAGGACAAGCGCAUCAUGCUGGACAUCCGAGUGCUACGCAUUGGCCCUGGCGACGUACUUACCUUCUAUGAUGGGGAUGACCUGACAGCCCGGGUCCUGGGUCAGUACUCAGGGCCCCGAGGCCACUUCAAGCUCUUUACCUCCAUGGCCGACGUCACCAUCCAGUUUCAGUCGGACCCCGGGGCCUCAGUGCUGGGCUAUCAGCAGGGCUUUGUCAUCCACUUUUUUGAGGUACCCCGAAAUGACACGUGUCCAGAGCUACCUGAGAUCCCCAACGGCUGGAAGAGCCCGUCACAGCCAGAGCUGGUACAUGGCACCGUGGUCACCUACCAGUGCUACCCUGGCUACCAGGUGGUGGGACCCAGCGUCCUCAUGUGCCAGUGGGACCUAAGUUGGAGUGAGGACCUGCCCUCUUGCCAGAGGGUGACUUCCUGCCAUGACCCUGGGGAUGUGGAGCACAGCCGACGCCUCAUUUCAAGCCCCAAGUUUCCUGUGGGGGCCACCGUGCAGUAUAUCUGCGACCAGGGUUUUGUGCUGACAGGAAGUGCCAUCCUCACCUGCCAUGAUCGUCAAGCCAGCAGCCCCAAGUGGAGUGACCGAGCCCCCAAAUGUCUCUUGGAACAGCUCAAGCCAUGUCAUGGCCCCAAUACCCCUGAGAAUGGUGCCCGGAGUCCUGAGAAGCGGCUGCAUCCAGCGGGGACUACUGUCCACUUUUCAUGCGCCCCCGGCUAUGUGCUGAAGGGCCAGGCUAGCAUCAAGUGUGUGCCUGGGCACCCCUCACAUUGGAGUGACCCCCCACCCAUCUGUAGGGCUGCCUCUCUGGAUGGAUUCUACAGCGGCCGCAGCCUGGAUGUUGCCAAAGCACCUGCUGCCUCUGGCACCCUGGAUGCUGCCCACAUUGCAGCUGCCAUCUUCCUGCCUCUGGUAGGGAUGGCGCUCUUGGUGGGAGGUGUGUACCUUUACUUUUCCAGGUUCCAGGGUAAAAGCCCCCUGCAGCUGCCCCGAACACGCCCCCGCCCCUAUGACCGGAUCACCGUGGAGUCAGCGUUUGACAAUCCCACUUAUGAAUCUGGAUCUCUUUCCUUUGCAGGAGACCAGAGAAUAUGAAGUCUCCAUCUAGGUGGGGCAGCCUGUGGAAGCCAGCUGAGCCCUGCAUCACAGCCCAGCAGCAAAGCUCCCAGCUUCCUGCUGUCCCUCCACCUCCUGUACAUACCACCUGGGAAGAGACACUAGCAAUCCCUCAAGAAGUUGUGCCCUUCCUGCAAUGUCCACCUGGAUCUAUUUUCUUGGUCCCAUUGCCUCUUAGGGCCCUUCCUUGGGCCCAAGUCAGGGGACAUCUGACUGUGAACAGAAUGCAGCUGGAACACGUGCAUCAAGAACCAGCAUUCUCCUGACCCUCCUUCCUGCCCUGGACCGCCAACCUGGAAUUCACAGGCAGAGUGGGUGCACCUCCCUCCACAUGACCACUAUCCAGUCCUGGCACCCAGCAGCCUGCUGCAGGAUCAACUUAGUGGUGGAAACUGCACCAGGGUGCUCCUCACAGGGCCUUCACCAGUGCCCAGACUGCUCUCAACAGUAGCCUCUGGGGAGGCCUGGCAUGCUGACAUCAGCCCCUCCAGGGAAGUCUCCAGUCUUUUUGCUAAGGUCCCAGGAAUGGACAUUUCUGCCUCCGGUCCCUUCCCAGUGGAGGCAAUAAUUCUAAGGGAUCCUAAGGGGUUUAGGGGCCCUAAUCGAAGCUCAGGUUGGGCUUCCCUAGGCACUCAUGCUCCACACCAAAGCAGGAUACCUCAGUGCUCCCCUGGCAGCCCUAAGGAGAGGGAGACCCACCCCUAAUGUCAAUCUGGCUGUUGCAAACGUCCUCUUGCCCACCAACCUCAGCCACUUGCCAGGCUUUCCUUCUGGCCACUGUAUUUUGGGAUAAGGAGAGCAGAGCAGACAUAUUCUGGAGAGGAGCAGAGGUCCAAGGACCCAGGAAUUUGGUCUGGAACAGGGAGGUCAGAGAGGCCCAGGAGCUAGCUGCAGGCCACUUUGUACAUGUAAUGUAUUAUAUGGGGUCUGGGCUCCAGCCAGAGAACAAUCUUCUAUUUCUGUUGUUUCCUUAUUAAAAUGGUGUUUUUG